AUGUCUGCCGGUGUGCUAUCCCGAGCCGCAGGCCGGUCGGCCUUACUCCGAGCAGCCCCCUCCACUCUCCGCCCGGCGGUUCCCGCUCCGCUCGCACGGUCCUUUGCGGCGUCAACGAGUGUUCCGAUGGCAGCUCCGCGACCUAGAGUCAUGCUUGAGGAUGAAAAGGGUUACGGAUUUAUCCGUCAUAACCCACGCGAUCCCAAGCCGCGCACCAAGUCCGUCACCGAGAUUCGCGGCCCUUAUUACUCUGUCAUGGGUAAGCGGUAUCUCGAGGAUGUACUCGAUACGAUGGGCCACUAUGUUGACGGCCUCAAAUUCGCCGGUGGUUCAUUCUCGCUAUUCCCAGAAGAGAAGCUCAAGGAACUCAUUGACCUUGCGCAUCAACACGAUGUCUACGUUUCAACGGGCGGCUGGAUCGAACACAUCGUGACCCAAUCCAACCCCCAAAAUGCCGUCGAUCGCUACCUUGAAACCUGCAAGCGGCUAGGCUUCGACGUGAUCGAGCUCUCAACAGGCUUCCUUUCCCUGCCGCCGUCCGACUGGUUCCGCCUCGUUGAACGAGUGCAAUCAGCCGGUCUCAUUCCCAAACCUGAAAUCGGUAUUCAGUUCGGCGCCGGCGGCGACACGGCGUCGGCUGACUUGGAGAGUUUGGGCAGCCAAUCAGACCCUUCAAAGGUGGUCGACCUCGGCAAAAAGUUCAUUGACAUGGGCGUCGAGCGGAUCAUGAUUGAGAGCGAGGGAAUCACGGAAAAUGUAAAGUCCUGGCGGACGGACGUGAUCCAGAAGAUUCUGCGGGAUCUGCCGAUGGAGAAGGUCAUGUUCGAGGCGGCAGACCCAGCAGUAUUCAACUGGUAUGUCAGGGAGUUUGGGGUUGAUGUCAACUUGUUUGUGGAUCAUUCGCAAAUUGUGCAAUUGAGCGGUUUGAGAGCCGGCAUCUGGGGCAUGGCAGACACAUUUGGCAAGAUCACGACAUUUCGAUGA